UGGAUCUGUCCGAGUUGUGGUUUCUCCGACGGUAAAUCUCCGGCGGUCGUCUGUCAGAAAUGCAACGAGUGGCAUCAUUGGACUUGUGUUAGCCUUUGUAAUGUACCUCCAGGGGAUAUGGAUUGGUACUGCGUCAGAUGUCUCAACCAAGAUCCAACACUACGUAAUCAAACAAAG